AUGGCCAUCCCACUCUGGAAACAAUACCCAACCAAACAGAACAAACACAACCUCAUCGACAGACUCACACAGCUCGACAUCACCACACUCUUCGACCCACCCACACCACACCCACUGCCCCGCCAACUCAACAUCAACACCCCCCUCCCCACACACGCAUACACCCACAACAACAAACCAACACCAGCCUGGGAACACCCCUCAAACCAGAUCAGAACCGCAAAAUACUCCCUGCUCACAUUCAUCCCACGAAACCUGCUCGAGCAGUUCAGGAGGGUCGCCAACAUCUUCUUCCUCAGCCUCGUCAUCCUCCAAUUCAUCCCCAAGUUCGCACAGGUCUCUCCCGCACUCGCUGCCCUGCCCCUCCUCUCCGUACUCGCCAUCACCGCCAUCAAGGACGCCUACGAGGACAACAAGAAGAAACACUGGUGGUCCCGCCGCAGAAGACUAUCACCACCACUACCAACAACAACAGCCCCCAAACAGCAGGAAAAAGAACACGCAGCCAACACGGCCCACUUCACGCCCACCUGCUGGCAGGACCUGCGCGCAGGCGACUUUGUCCGCCUCCAGAACGACGACGCCGUGCCCGCAGACAUCAUCAUCUGCGCCACCUCCGACGCCGAGGAGAACGUGUGCUUCAUCGAGACCAAGAACCUCGACGGGGAGACCAACCUCAAGUCGCGCCACGCACUCCCCGCACUCAGCCAUCUGCGCUCGGCGGAGGCCUGUGCGGACCCAGCAACAAACAGAUUCGUAGUCGAGAACGAAGCCCCAGACGCGAACAUGUUCAAGUACUCAGCCGCACUCGUCUUCCCGGAGUGGGUCAUCGGCCUCGUCGUCUUCACCGGCCCAGACACUAAGAUCAUGAUGAACUCGAGUGCCACGCGCUCCAAGCGAUCAAAGGUAGAACGCCAGAUGAACCCGAUGGUCUUCAUCAACCUUGGCCUCUUGGCUCUCAUGUGCAUCUUCAAUGCCAUCGGCACACGCAUCUCCGACGGAUACUACCGCGCUCGAGGCUCGUACUGGACAGUGGCCGAGGACAGUCCGGGAGAUAACCCGACGCUGAACGGGCUCAUAGGCUUUGCAAAUGCGAUGAUCACCUACCAGAACAUCGUCCCCAUCUCCCUCUACAUCUCCAUCGAGUUCGUCCGCACCCUCCAGGCCUACUUCAUCUGGGCCGACGACGAGAUCACCGACAACGGCCGGCCGACCCUCGCUCUGGUCAAUUCGGACAACACGCCCGGUAUCAAACCCUCAGCCACUCAGGAGAAACGCCCUGGAAGUGGUCCGAAAGCCCCGGCCAAGCUCAAACCGACCACCGUGCCAGCAUUCAAGGACAGCGAGUUGCUUAAGGACCUAGCGGGGGAAGACAGCGACCAGGCACGCUCACUGUACGGGUUUUUUGCCUGUCUGGCGCUCUGCCACACCGUGCUGGUGAGCGAGGACGAGGACGGGUCGAUCAAGUACAAGGCGCAGUCCCCGGAUGAGCAGGCGCUCGUCCAGGCCGCCGCCGCCGUCGGCUUCCACCCAGCAGCCCAGCACGAGAUCAAAGAGCUCGACACCCGCAGCAGCGCCGACGGCGAGGUGCGCCAGACGGUCGAGGUGAACGAGUACGAGCUCCUGGAAGUGAACGAGUUCACGAGCGCCCGCAAGCGGAUGAGUGUCGUCGUCCGGCGGCUGGUCGAGGGCGAGCCGGACUCCGGGGAACUCUAUCUGCUCGUCAAGGGGGCCGACAACGUGAUCUUCGAACGACUGGGGGCCGGCCAGGAGGAGCUGAAGCAGACGACGGACGACCAGCUCGAGCAGUUCGCCUCCGAGGGUCUAAGGACGCUGUGUCUGGCCUACCGGAAGCUCGAGCUUUCCGAGCUCGAGGCCUGGUCCCGUCGGUACGCCCAUGCCUGCAGCCAGCUUGGCGCCGACCGCGAGAAACUCAUCGAUGCCGUCCAGGACGAGCUCGAGAGGGACCUCAUCCUCCUCGGCGCCACCGCCAUCGAGGAUAAGCUCCAGGAAGGCGUCCCCCAGGCUAUCGCUGACCUCAAGCGCGCCGGGAUCAAGGUCUGGGUGGCCACCGGCGACAAGCUCGAGACAGCCGUUGAGUACGGCACCCGGACAUCGGCGUACCAGCAGAUCCGCAAGUCGUUGAUCGACUUCUUCGACGGACAGGAGCUGGUGGAGCAGCUCAAGGAGCAGCCGCCGGACCACCAGACGAAACAAAACGGGCUGCAGUCGCCGACGCCCACCCGGGCCUCCUUGCCGAUGUCGCAUCGGGACGACCUCGCGUCGAUAGUGGGAGAGGACAACGGGCAGCGAAGGGGCGGAUACGGCCUCGUGAUCGACGGGGGCUCGUUACAGCAUGCAUUGGAGGAGCCCUUCACGCGGGAGGCCCUUCUCGAGCUGGCCACCCGGUGCGCCGCGGUAGUCUGUUGCCGGACGUCGCCGAAACAGAAGGCCGAGAUCGUCCGGCUGGUCAAGGAGGGCAUCGGCGCGCAAACGCUGGCCAUUGGCGACGGCGCAAACGACGUCUCGAUGAUCCAGACCGCCGACAUCGGCGUCGGCGUCUCCGGCGAGGAAGGCAUGCAGGCCGUCAACUCCUCCGACUACGCUAUCGCCCGAUUCGCCUUCCUCUCCAAGCUCCUCUUCGUCCAUGGCCAUUGGUCCUACGACCGCAACGCCCGCAUGAUCGUUAACUUCUUCUACAAGGAAAUCAUCGGCAUCUUCGCUCUGUGGCUCUACCAGUUUUGGUGUGCUUAUUCGACUACCAUUCUCUACGAAUACACGUAUCUGUUGUUUUAUAACGUGUUCUGGACACUCCUGCCGGUGAUUGGGAUCGGAGUGUUUGACCAAGACAUCAGCGAGAAAGUGUUGAUGGCUGUCCCGGAGCUAUACUCGAUCGGGCGGGAAGGGAAGCUAUUCGGGCUUCGCCGGUUUGUGCUGUACAUGAUCCAAGGGAUGUACCAGGGCUCGGUGUGUUUCUUCCUGAUCACGUUUGCGUAUGACUCGACCUCGGCGCGGAAGGACGGGCUGGACGUGGCCAUGAGCGAGUUCUCCACCGUCGUCAUCGUCGCCAUCAUCCUCGUCGCCAACCUGUUCCAUGGCCUCGACCAGUCCAUCUGGAACUGGUGGCUCCUCGCCUCCGUCCUCCUCGGCCCCGUCCUCAUCCUGCUCUACACCGCCGUCUACUCGGCUAUCAAACCCGACUGGAUAUGGUCUGUUGCUUAUGGAAACAACCACUUCUUGUGGCCCGCUGCGUAUUGGUGGCUCGGCCUUAUGAUCGUGAUCGUGUUGAGCUUGGCGCCCCAUUACGUGACCAAGUAUUACACGGAGACCUAUUAUCCCAAUGACUUCCAAAUCUUGAAGUACGUGAACCGGGAGCACCCUGGCCACGAUUUCCAAGCGGACGAGCAGAUGCCAUUCAAGCGCGAAAACGAGAAGUACGCCGAGGGGGAGGCCCACACGACGGGGGCCAACAAGCAGGACGAGCCGGCCCUGCUCGAGCGGAUGAAGUCCGAGCAGCCCAGUCUGCAUCCCAUCCGCCCCGAGAUCCUCCGCUCCCGCACCUCCCUCACGCACGAUAUGGCCACCGGACAGCUCUCCCCUCAUGGCAGAGGCUUCAACUUCGACCAGGCGGACGGCGUCGGGGAGUAUGCCGUCGGUAAUCGUCUCCGGAGAUACAACACCAGCGUGCUCAGUCUUGGUGGAGGGGCGAUUCCGGAAGAAGCCAACACGGCCAACGGCAGGACGGCGACGACCAGUAGAGCGAAGGGGGCGGUGAACCGGGACCGGUCGCGGUCGAUCAGGCUGGGCAAUCUGCAGCUCGCGUUCGGCGGCUCGUUCGGCCACCAUCACCAUCGGAGACAGGGCACGACGAUGACGAGCAGCAGCACGCUCGGCCGGCCCGCCAGUCUCGCCAAACGCAUCUCCAUCUUCCUCCACCCGCACACCCAUCAUCCGACCGACAAGUCCGGCGAACCGUCCCCCUCUGAAACUCAUCCCCUCCAGAACCUGUCCCCCGCUGCUCCUCAGCCCUCCCCCGCCGACCCACUCUCCAAAUUUUACGAGAAGGUUGGCAUCAAGUUUGGUAAAUACAUACUGUUUUCCGUCGAGAUCAAGGCACUCAGGUCGACGUAUCAAGGAUUAAUGGCAUAUCGUUUUGGUCCUGGCGCGAAUCCCGCCGAGCGAUUCCUGAAAGACGCACAAGAAAAUAAUACGAGCGGAGAAAAAGAGACCCAUGCAAUACUUCCACAAUUUGAGAACAUUGUCCUAUUUACAACUCAGUUUCAUGUUCGUAGGGACCCCGCGGGUUUCCUGGGGCUGUUUAUGAUGGAGUGUGGGGGGAAAGGAUGUACGAGACCACCGACCCGACCAAGGUCCACAGACAAAGAGUCAAAGGAUCGAGGCCACAUGGGUUCUAAGACGUUCGACGAGGAAGAGUUGAUCUGGACAUCUUCUGACGCUCUGGCUGAUCGUGAUGGACCCGAGUUUGACGCUCGUGCUGUGUACGCGCCAGAGUAA